AUGACCAACCAAACCACCGUGAUGGAGUUUCUUCUCUUGGGAUUCUCGGAUAGUCGAGAGCUACAGAUUUUACACUUCAUGAUAUUUCUAUUAAUUUACCUGGCAACCCUAAUAGGAAAUAUGCUUAUCAUUGUGGCCUUACUUGUGGAUCCUAACCUUCAUACCCCCAUGCAUUUUUUUCUUGGAAACUUAUCAUUCAUAGACCUCUGCUACAUCUCUGUCACCACUCCCAAGUCUAUGGUUAAUGCCAUAACAAACAUCAGAUCUAUUUCUUUCUAUGGGUGCAUCACUCAGCUCUUCUUGGUUAUCUGCUUCAUGUCAGCAGAGCUGGCCUUCCUCACAGUGAUGGCAUAUGACCGCUACAUUGCAAUCUGCCAGCCUUUGAGAUACAGAUUGAUCAUGAGCAAUAGUACCUGUCUCCAGCUGACCGUUGUUUGCUGGAUUGGCAGUGUGAUCUAUUCAGCUUUUCUCACUGGUGAUACUUUUAGGUUGCACUUUUGUGGGUCCAACAUUAUCAGCCAUUUCUUCUGUGACAUUCCACAAUUACUGAAACUUUCUUGCACUGAUACGCAUGCUAAUGAAAUCAUGCUUUUUGUCUGUUGUUCAGUCUUUGGGUCCAUAUUCAUCGCUUCAAUAUUUGUGUCUUACAUUCACAUCUUUAUCACUGUGCUGAAAAUGCCCUCGGUACGAGGCAAGUAUAAAACUUUAUCCACUUGCCUGCCUCAUUUGACUGUUUUCUCUUUAUUUAUGAGCACUACCAUGCUUACAUACAUGAGACCAAGUCUGGUGCACUCAGACUACCAUUCCCUCAUUGAUGCUGUGCUGUAUUCUGUGGUUCCUCCUCUCAUCAAUCCAAUCAUCUACAGCCUAAGAAACAAGGAAAUAAAAAAUGUGGAUGCUUUCUCCUACAGGGGCAUGUCCCUGAUGCAUAUGCCAACAGCACAGCACCAGGAGCUAUUUGCAACCAUGAAAGGAAACCCCUGCCUCUUCAUUCUCCUGCUGCUGGAGGAGAUGUUCCUGCGAGAAAACUCUGCCAAAUGGAAGGACAACGUGAGCUAUAGCAGAACCCUGGAGAGUUGCGUUUUCAAAGUGAUCAUACAGGUGACUGAGCAUCUCCAGAGGACCCAGUGA